CGUUAUCUUGACUAUCCAGCUGUGCUUUGAGGGAACUGUGACGAAUAGACGUGAGGCAUAGCAGACAGGUUAAAAUGUUUACUAACUUAUAAAGAGGCUAAAGUUUAACAGGUUUAUAGACCUAAAUUAAAACUUAUAUAGUCUAAAGUUGAACAAAUAUACUCCCUAAGUUUAACAUACAGAUUUGACCUACCUAAACACUUCCAUAUAGCCUAUAUUAUAGGCAUAUUGUCAUUAUUUGCAGCAAAUCGAGGGUCAACGCAGUGGUCAACGCAACCUACAUUUGGUUUAUUCUAUAGAAUAAAGUGGUGAUGACCCUGUCUGGGGCCAGUAGUGAUAACGACAUGUAUGGGCAGACUGUCCUCGCAGCUGAAGACAUUGACAUCGACGUGGUUGGAGAAAGUGAUGACGAGGAGCUGGAACGGGACAGCGACUGCGAUAGACAGGCACCCCGCCAGGAGACGGGUGCGACCAGGACUAGGGAACAGGCAGGGAUUCCCUUGGAAAAUUCGGCUAUCCAAUGCAGCGGAGUGACCAGGGGGGACGGGGAAGAUAAUUCGUCGAAGAGCAGCCAAAUAAAGCCACCGUACUCAUACAUAGCACUCAUCACGAUGUCUAUUCUCCAGAGUCCACAGAAGAAAUUAACCCUUAGCGGCAUCUGCGAGUUCAUCAGCAGCCGCUUCCCGUACUACAGAGAGAAGUUCCCCGCUUGGCAAAACUCUAUCAGACACAAUCUUUCUCUGAACGACUGCUUCGUCAAAAUCCCACGUGAACCUGGAAAUCCUGGAAAGGGAAACUACUGGACGCUGGACCCGCAAUCGGAGGGCAUGUUUGACAACGGAAGCUUUCUCCGGAGACGGAAAAGAUUCAAGAGGCACCAGCCAGACAUUCUCAGGGACCAGACCGCCCUCAUUAUGCAGACUUUUGGAACAUUUGGCAUUGGGAAUCCUUACAGCCGUCACUUUGGAAUUCACCCCUCAGCGUACCCCCAUCCGGCGGUUUUGCACCCUUACGGCCCUCCACUGGGUCCGGUGCUUCCCGCAGCCGUGCCACUCCUGGCUACGGCUGAACUGAACAGGAAGUCUUUCAAUUCCCAACUUUGCCCUAAUCUUCAAAUGCAGCUCAGCAGUCGAUACCCCGCAUCCGCGGUAAAGUCUGAAGCUGCAAACAAACCUUCUUUUAGUAUAGAAAAUAUUAUUGGGUUAACCAGCACGUCACCCAGCAUACAGACAUUUCGACAGUCACCUGUGACAGUCCGGUCAGCUGUACAGACCGUGCAGCCUCGGGCACAUACCGCAAUGUUGCCUAUCCUCAGCGCGUCAACGCAUGUCAUCUCCGCACAGUUUCUUCCCGCUAUGACUAUGUCAAAAUAUUCUUCUGCUUCUUAAAACCAAUCUUGUACAGCAUGAUAGGCUACCCAGCACUGGACUUUUAAAUCUGUAUGCACUGCCAAUAGCAAUAGGAACCAACUACUGUACAGGUAAAAUAUGUAACCUAAAUAUAUUUGUAUGAUGAAACCGA